UGUUUAGUUUCACUUCCGCACUCUGUUAACCGUUUUCCACUCGUAUCACAUUAGCCGAUCGGAUGACGUUUAAAACAUCUCCCGAAAAGACAUAUUCAGCCUAGUAAAGCAGCCAGGGCUUUUGAAGCCUCGAAUAAUUAUGUCAUUGUUUUACAUAAGAACAAAUGUGAAGCAACGCGUUUGUUAGUCAACCAGGAAGUGGCGUUCACGCUGCAUCACUUGUACGCUUCAGUAACUAACUGGCUGCUUGGACGCGAAACCGCUUAAAGCAGAAAUAAUGCAGGUGUUGACGCAUCACAGUGGAAGGUGUCUCCUGGUGUGGACACUGGUGGUUCAGCUGAUCCUGCGAGGGAGUGGAGUGUACGCCGACGACGCCACAAAGAACUGUAAACUCAACUUUGAGUCCGAGUCGGAACGGAAAGUCCUCCAGCGAAUAGAGCCGCUCGGCCACAGAAACUUUACAGUGGAGACCAAGAUCGGAGAGGACAAGUACUCGUACGUGUUCCAGUUGUGUGGCGACGCAGGCGGUGUUCCUGGAGCUGGCGUCAUUCAAUUGGAGGUCCAGAAAACAGAGAAGAAAGUAACUGUGAUUGGCACGUACAACGCAACAGAAGUUAUUGGAGGAAGCGACUAUGUGUGGUUGGUCUACGGUAACGGAGAAAAAUACGACACCCACUGCUCCAAAGAACAGAGAAAAGCCUUUGUGAUGAUUUUUUGCAACCGGAAUUUGGAACUGGGCCAGCUGGAGGUGGUGCAGGAGAACAGGGAACGGGAGCAGAAUUGCUUCUACCAGUUCAAGCUGGAGUCUAGUGCUGUGUGCCCGCCUCUCGAAUACAAGCUCAGCGCCGGCUCCAUCGUACUCAUUGUCGCGUUCUGCCUUGUGGCUGUUUACCUCAUUGGAGGUUUCCUCUACCAGCGGCUCAUCGUGGGGGCCAAAGGCGUCGAGCAGUUCCCCAACUACGCUUUCUGGGCAGACGUCGGCAAUCUCUCUGCAGACGGUUGCGACUUUGUGUGCCGCUCACGGGAUCGAGAGGAGGCCCCGACUUACAGGGGAGUGUCCACGGAGCCUUUGGACGAGGAGCCAGAAGAGAGAGACGACCACUUAUUACCGAUGUGACCUCGGAUUGAUCUGCUUUUCACUGUGUGACUUUUCUGACAGCUUUGAUGAAACUGCUUGUAGGCAAACUCAGUUCUUGUACCGGUUUGAGUGUGCGUUCAUACGGCAUACAGACACGUGCAAAUUCAUUUACUUGUUUGAUGGUAAACAAAUGAGAAAUUCAUAAAGGAUUACAGUGAGGUUUCUUAAGAAAUCUCAGUUUAGUUUCUAACUGUUCAACCUGAUACAAUAUAUGUUGCUCUUCUUUUCCUGCUAAUAAUGUCAGAGAAUGUCAUGUAGGUUAUGAAAUGCUGCUACUCCUUUAAUAAUUUUAGUUUAGGACCGGUUACAUAAUGUGAAUGUCUAAUUUUAGCUGAGGCUGUGCUUAGACUUUUGCACCUAUCUUUUGACCACUCUCACUCUUCCAAGUCACAAACCGUUACGGUUAGUAUACAACCUACAAAUUUGAUGUGUGAAUGGAACCCCCCUCGUCCCCCCCAAAAAAUCCAAACCAUUUCCUUUUACAUCUCUCUGAAAGCAAAUAUGCAGAGAUGUGAGAUGUAGGAAAAUAGAUAAUAAAUGCACUUUCACUGGAAAUGACCAAAGCUGAAAGAAAAAGCUAAAAAUGAAAUGAAAAUUACUAUCUUUUGACAUGAAUCUAAUUUAAUUAAAAAUUGUGACAACUUCAACACUUGCCCUGUAUUUUACACACGAUAAAUUUCCUAAUAUUUCUGGUUGAAAAUAUGCUUUAAGAACUUACUAACUUCAUGCUUUGCAUCAAUCCCAUGCAUUGUGUUCAUGUUACUAUUAACCAAUCUAUGGAAUUCCUGGAUCGCAAAAGUUUGAAAUUUGUUAACAACCCUUAGUUGGGAAGGAUGGGUUGUUGAAGUCACAACAGUUUGUAAUUUUUGUUGUGAUUCAAAUCUGUGUGGACAUUUGCUGUCUGCAGUGGUGUUUGAAUAAAUAAAUAAAAACUUUCAUGCUCA